UUAAAAAAAACAGCAACCAUCAUGAGAGCAGGCAACUCUCAAAUCACCAGUUGUAGAGGAAAGAAUAUUAAACAGCUAUCAUCAAUCUAUCUGGAUCCAGGAAGCGAGCCAUGAAAUGCUGACAAAGGGGAAUAUCUGGUCUGACAGUGAAGGUAUAUUUAUCUUUUAAAUGAAGAAUAAUGGAGUUACGCUGAAGAGACAUAUUUUAGCUCUGCAACAGUGAAGUAUCAAUCCCACCACCUCAUAGUGAUAUUUGAACACCCCCAAGACAGCCUGGGGAACGUGUCCUCCGAAAGGUACCCAUCACCUCCACAGCUUUGGGCGACUGAAGUCAUUUCCACUGAGGUAAAGGGCGUUCCAGGCCCCUUUUCAUGGAGGGGUCAGAAAAAGGUAAAAGUAAUUGCUGCAAAGUCUGUUGUUCCAGAAUGUUCUCUCCAGGAACACGCGUUCAUAUUGUAACGGUGGGUGGCUUUAGGAUUUUUUUUGUUUGCUCCAUUUUACCACAGAAGAAGAAGAGCCAUCUUAUCACCUCAUCUCAUCUCCUGCGUGCUACAGAGAUGGGUCAUGCACUGAGCAAGCAAAAUGGGUGCAAGGAACGAGCGCUGGGAAGCACUGGAUGCAGCAGAGCACCACGCUGUUCUCCCGUUUGCACGUUUCUCACCAGUGCAAGCAUCAGCCCAACGCCUGAUGAGCAAUGAGCAGAAUGCGGGCACCACCGAAUGCCAUCGUGCCUAAUGGGAUCAAAGGUGUUUGUAGAGAUGUCUGAGAGGGACUCGAUGGAAAACAAACUCCUUCUAUGGGAGUGGGGAACAGCCGUGCAAAGCCAUCCUGCAAAAAGACUGCAUUUUACCAUUUAAUCCUCAAUUAUACACAUGACUUCGCUGCAGAAAGGUCACCACACAAAGAACGUUAGUCAACCGGGCUGAAGGGAGGGGCCGCGCUCAGCCCAGCUCUCACUGAACGGCUCUGCCUCAGGAGCACAAACGCCCGAGCGGAGGGCGAGCAGGGGGUCGUGCAGCCCGGGGUCACGUGGCCCUCCGGCCCUAACCCCGGCUGCCUCCUCCCAUCGCGCCCUCAGAGCCGCUCCGGGGCCGCCGAGAUGCGGGCGAGAGCGGGCGGGCUGUGGAGGCGGCGGGCGGCGCUGCUGCUGCUGCUGCUGGCGCUGUGGGGCUGGAAGCCGAGGGGAGCGCGAGCGCAGCGCCCGGCAGAGGACACAGAGAACGGGACGGAUUGCGUUCCCCCUUCGUCUGAGUUUCCUGAGGGAUUUUUUACACCGCAGGAGAGAAAGGAUGGCGGAAUCGUUAUUUAUUUCCUAAUUAUACUUUACAUGUUUUUGGCCGCGUCCAUCGUGUGCGAUGAUUACUUCCUUCCGUCUCUAGAGAUCAUCACGGAAUGCCUUGGCCUCUCUCAGGAUGUUGCUGGAGCAACUUUUAUGGCUGCUGGAAGCUCUGCUCCAGAGCUUGUCACUGCUUUUCUAGGAGUCUUCGUGACAAAAGGAGACAUCGGCGUCAGCACCAUCCUUGGAUCGGCCAUCUACAAUCUUCUGGGGAUCUGUGCAGCAUGCGGGCUGCUCUCUAGCGUGGUUUCCAGGCUGUCCUGUUGGCCGCUGUUUAGAGACUGCCUGGCAUAUACCAUUAGUGCAGCGGCGGUCCUUGCGAUGAUAUCUGACAGCAGAAUUUACUGGUAUGAAAGUGCUUCCUUAUUAUUAAUAUAUGGGUGUUAUAUUCUGGUACUAUGUUUUGACAUUAAAAUCAACCGGUGCCUCAUGAAAAAGCUCAGUCCCUGCUGCUCGUGUUUUACAAAAGCCACGGAACAGAGCGGUGAGCAGCAGCCAUUAGCUGGAUGGAGGGAAGAGAGAGGGCCUCUAGUUCGUCCACAGUCAAGAACUGAUAGUGGAAUUUUUCAAGAUGAGCUGGACUAUUCUCAGCUUUCAACAAGCUUACAUGGGCUCGAUGAGAUCUCUGAAGAUCAUCCAAGCGUCUUCACCAUGCCUGAAGAAGACAUGAAGAGAAUUCUGUGGGUGCUAUCCCUUCCUAUUAUUACGCUGCUCUAUUUGACUACACCAGAUUGCAGAAGGCGGUUUUGGAGGAAUUGGUUCAUGGUAACAUUUUUCAUGUCAGCAGCAUGGAUUUCUGCAAUCACUUACGUCCUUGUGUGGAUGAUAACAGUAGCAGGUGAAACACUGGGAAUUCCAGAGUCAGUAAUGGGUCUCACAUUACUGGCAGCAGGAACAAGUGUACCAGAUACAGUUGCAAGUGUGCUGGUGGCUCGCAAAGGAAACGGAGACAUGGCUAUGUCUAACAUUGUGGGAUCCAACGUAUUUGAUAUGCUAUGUCUGGGAAUACCCUGGUUUAUAAAAACUGCCUUCAUAAAUACAUCUGAACCCAUAGAAGUGAACAGCAGUGGUCUGACCUACACAGCCACUUCUCUCAUCUGUUCAAUUGUUUUUAUUUUUCUGGCAAUUCACCUGAAUGGCUGGAAAAUAGAUAAAAAAUUGGGAGCAAUUUGUCUUAUACUCUACUUAGCAUUUACUGUAUUAUCGAUUUUAUAUGAACUUGGCAUCAUAGGGAACAAUCCUACAAGGGUCUGUGGUAACUAGUUU